AUGACCAUGAUAAACAAAAUCCCCGAAGUACCCACACCAAUCAAAGAAGCCAGCCUGGAUAGUUAUGCUGACUCACCAUAUGCUGUCCCCAUUGCUGCCAUCGACAUCCCGAAACCGUUCAGUCCACCCAAUAUGCCUAUGUAUGAUGGAACCACCGACCCUAGAGAACAUAUAUUAACCCACAAGCAGCGCAUGGUGACGAUCCCUUUCCCCAAGAACAUGAGGGAAGCCAGCUUGUGCAAAUGCUUUGGCUCGACGUUAAUCGGGCCCGCCCUGAAAUUGUUAACUAGUUUGCCAAAUUGGUGCAUCACUUCCUUUGCGCAUCUCGACCACAUGUUCAAUCAGCAGUUCGCCAGCAGUAGAGGGUUAGAGAAGCUGACAAGCGAUCUAUACCGGGUGGUCCAACGGCCUGACGAACCCUUGAAAAAUUACAUAGAUCAAUUCAUUAGGGAGACGGUGACAGUUCCAGAAUGUGACGUCCCGACUGCGAUCGAGGCGUUCGGGCAAGGGUUGUAUGGGGAGACCGAUUUGUGGAGAUACCUCAUCAAAUAUCCUUCCAAGACGUUCGGAGAUGACCAAGCCAAAGUAAUGGCCCAAUUCAGGCUCGAAAAAAGUCUCUAUUCCAGGAAGGGAACCAACGACUAUACAAAGACAGACAGACGACUACCCUACCCUAAGAGGAGAGAUGAUCAUCCUGGCCCUUACUCCCAACCUCAAUAA